CUCCCCUAGACAAGUCUUUUCGAUCCCUUGGUUUCUUUCGUUGGCUUCGCUAAAAUAUGAGGCAGUGAUGGAGAAUCGUUCAAUAUCUAAGAAGCGGAAGUUUGUAGGCGAUGGUGUCUUUAGAGCAGAGUUGAACGAGUUCUUGACUCGUGAGCUCGCUGAAGAUGGCUAUUCUGGUGUGGAGGUCCGAGUGACACCGAAUCGAACUGAGAUUAUUUUACUGGCUACCCACACACAGAGCGUACUCGGCGAGAAAGGCCGUAGAAUCAGGGAACUGACGUCUGUGGUACAGAAGCGUUUCAACUUCAAAGAACCCCAGAAUGUUGAGUUGUACGCAGAGAAAGUGGCCACACGUGGUCUGUGUGCCAUCGCACAGGCAGAGUCUCUUCGUUAUAAGCUGAUUGGAGGUCUUGCUGUACGAAGGGCAUGCUAUGGUGUUCUGCGUUUUAUCAUGGAAUCUGGUGCGAAAGGCUGCGAGGUCGUUGUCAGUGGCAAAUUACGUGGUCAAAGAGCGAAAUCAAUGAAGUUUGUUGAUGGUCUUAUGAUCCACUCGGGUGAGCCGACUAAUGAGUAUGUGAACACUGCCACCAGGCAUGUACUCCUGCGGCAAGGGGUAUUGGGAAUCAAAGUCAAAAUUAUGCUACCGUGGGAUCCCAAUGGCAAGAGCGGCCCGAAAAAGCCUCUUCCUGAUUAUGUAUCGAUUGUGGAGCCGAAAGAAGAGGUUCCGCCAUCAGUUCCAAUCUCCGAGGUGAAACCUUCAAAAGACAUACCUCAACCUACUCCUCUCGCCGUAUAACAGUAAUUUAAAUG